GAUUCUUUGAGGUUCGGAGCUCUUUUCACCGCAACUUCCGGAUCUGCUCACUCUAAAGCAAAGCGAAAGUAGACCAGCGCACAGACACAUACCUUCACCUUGAUAUCGACCUCCCGUUCUACUGCUUAUUUCGCGGCCUGUGCUUGGAUAUAUUGAGUUUCCCGAGCCCAUACAAGAGCACGCUGUUCAUGCGCGGAGACUUAGAUAAUAUUCACUCCGCCUUCGAGUUUAAUUUCACGAGGUACAGCAGCUUGUCUCGUGCAGUCUCAUUUUACUCUCCCCGAAAUUCACGACAUCACCCCUACCAGCAGCCAGAGUUUCGUACAAACUCUCGCAGAGACCCAACCUCACAAUGACUGUCCCAAACACCAACACCAAAGUUCCUACCCCCUCGAACCCUUCCUCCCUCAAAUCUCGUUAUUCAAUCCGUAAACUCGAACCCAAGCACGGCCCUUGGGCUGCCGCUAUCAUAAUCCAUUCCAAUCUCUUCCACUCCCCUGUCUGGCCCGUCCUCUACCCUAAAAACAUCACCGAAAAUGUGCACAAAUCGCUCGCCGCAGCAAGCUAUCUCGUGGACCACCAGAUCACGUCGGGCAUGAGCUUCGGCGUCUUCGAUGACGAAUAUGUGUUUAAGCGACCUGAGAGUGAGGAGGUGGGUGGGAAGUUGUACUGGGACGACAAUGAGAAAAGCGUUGAAGAGACUCAGGGUCUGGAAGCAGAGAGUCUCAGACUGGCGGAGCAAAUGGACUUCCCGCUAGUAUCCGUGGCGUUAAGUUACGACUCUUCCGAUCCGCUUGAUUUCGAUAAAAUGGGUCCCUUGCUAGCCUGUCUUCCACACUUCGGCCUGAUAUACCAUAUCCUCGCUGAACUCGACUCGCGGGAUCCUGCAUCCUGGCAAGCGAAAGCGCAUAAUGAAGUUCUGUUCCGCAACGCGACCAGCACGCGGAGGGAGUAUGAAGGAGAGAAAUUAAUGUCUGGCCUUGCGCGAUGGUUAAUGAGAGAGGCAGAUGUGAGGGGCUGGAGGGGCAUUCAGAUUGAAUGCGUGCACGAUAAAGUUAGCUAUACCUGGGCUAACCCGGAGAAACCUUACAAAGGCACUAUUGUGUCAAAAUUCGACACGAAGACGUGGACAAAUGAGGAGGGGAAGAAGGCCUUUGAACCCGCAGAUCAAGUCAUUACCAAAGUCUAUGUGGAUCUGAAACCAGAGGCGUAGGGGCAUGAGAAAAGUAGCGAAUGAAUAGAGCAAUGGACGUGUCGAGAAAACAGAGGAGAAUAUUGGGGGAGUACAGGGUUUGAUACGGCGAUGAAUAAAUAAACGUCAAAUGUAUCUCCCAUGGCUCACCUUCUCCAUCUCCUCCCAUAUCUGAUAAAGCUGAACUACUUUUGCAUCAAUAUACUGGCG